AGGGUUUGUGAUUUCGUUUCAACUAAGGUAGCUCACCGGCGCCGCCAGGCAGCUCCGGAGGGCAGAGAUGAGUAAGACGGAAGGAUCUACGGAUCUCUCUGGCACACAGGAGGUGGGUUCAUGGGUUUCGGUGGUUCAAAACAAGCAAACUCUCAAAAAAUACGAUCUAAACAUUUCAACUUCGGAGGGGCAAAGUUCCGUGGAGAUUCUGAUGAGGUUUUUGAAAACGUUACACCGCUCUGGGAGGAUUUUCUGAUAGGGAAGUUCCUAGAUACGGCACCACAUGUGGCUAAGGUUCAUGUCAUCGUUAACAAAAUUUGGAAACAGGGGUUCGAUGCGCAAAAAAUUGACGUGUACGAAGUCAAUUCCACAACUCUGAGAUUCCGGGAUAGCAAUCCUUUGAUUCGUGCAAGGGUUCUCAAAAGAGGAAUGUGGAAUAUUGCUGAGGUACCAAUGGUGGUCACUAAGUGGACUCCUAAUGCGGAGAAGGAGCAACAGGAGGAGAAAUCUGUUCCACUAUGCCCGAGUAAAGCAGUAACAGAGGCGCCAAUUCUUGUUUCAGCAUCAAAAUUUUCUGUCCUCUGUACUGAAGAGGAGGAGGAGGGAGAACUUCAAGAAACAGAGGAAAAGAAUGAUGAUGAUGAUGAUGAGGAUGGUGCUAAGGUAGAAGAUGGACAAGCUACAGCUCAUAGUGAAUCUCAAGAGACAAAGGCAAAUGAUGAGGGAAAUGGGGGCUGCUCUGAUCAUCUACGGAGUAGAAUUCAGAUUCAAAGGGAGAAAGUGGCUAAAAGGAAGCCUUUCAAGUUUACAAAUUCCAUUGCGACAAUGCCCGAAUUCCUACCUCUACUCCAAUCCUAUUGGCAAGACACACCUACCCUGUUUCACUCUACUUCAGCAAUGUUUCGUUUUUCAAAGAAACUUAAGAAUCUGAAACCUCAACUCAGAAACUUAAGUCGAGAAAAACUGGGGAAUUUGCAGAAAAGAGUAACAGUGGCGUUCAAAGAUCUGUGUGAGAAACAAAAGGAGACUCUGCUACGACCUACAGAUACAGCAUCAAAGGAAGAAACAGAGGCAUAUCAUAAGUGGAAUCAUCUGGCAGAAUUGGAAGAGAAAUUUCUAAAGCAAAGAUCGAAACUCCACUUGCUUGAUGUUGGCGACCAGAAUAACAAAGUUUUUCAUAAUGCAGUGAAGUUGAGAGUGUCGAAAAAUUCUAUCAGGGAGAUACAACUCCCGGACGGAUCAAUAGUCUCUAGCCAAGAGGAAAUAAAACAUGAAGCAGAGCGGUUUUUCUCAGAAUUCUUAGGCCAUGUACCUACAGAGUUCGAAGGAUUGCCUGCUGAUAUCCUUGAAGUUAAUACCUUUCAAAUGUACAUAUGCUCAUCAAUGUAUGCUUGAAAAAGAGGUCACAACAGAGGAAAUACGGCAGGUGCUUUUUGCGAUG